AUGAUAUUUGCUAGAUCUAUUUUCUUGACCCUGGUCAUCUUAAUGACCAUUAACUCGGUCGCUGCAAAUUAUUUAACAUCUUGGACUCCUUCAGAUCUAAAAGACUUUUUGAAAGAUCGUAAGGUUGCGAUUGAAGAUUCAUUAUCACAAUCAGAAUUGGUCAAAUUGGCUGAGAAAGAGUAUCAAAAGUUAGUAAACUAUGACAAAGGUACUGUGGGGCUCGCAGAUAGCGAUCAACAAAAUGUUUUGAAAUUAGCAACCAAUCCAGACACAAAUUUGGUUGAUUAUUUUCCGUAUCGCAGCUGGGACUAUCUCUUCCACGAUCAAAGUAACUACCAAAGAGUCAAAGAUUGGGUCUUUGAUUCCUGGUCAAAAGAUUCCUUGAAGGAAUUUUUGAAGUCACAGGGCAAGAAAGUUAGCGGUCUGGUUCCGAAAUCCAAAUUGAUUGAACUUGCUAAGUCAAAAUACGAUGAUGCUGCAAAAUCAUUUAAGGCAUCUGGAAACUAUCCUGGUGACUGGCUCUAUAGCUCGUGGUCAGUAGAUGAUUUGAAAGAAUGGUUAAAAAAAUUUCAUAUCCCAUUUGAAGAUACACUGAAUAAGGAGACCUUAUUGGAACUUGUUAAGCACAAUAACUUCGCUGCCUCCAAUUCAGUUUCAGAUUCCAAAAAUGCUUUAUUAGAUUCAUUAAACUUGGAGGGUUCUUCCAUUUUUGAUUCAAAGGGUAGGAUUCAAGAUUCUUUCUAUGAUUCCUGGACUUAUUCUCAACUAAAAGAAUGGCUAGGGCUUAAUGAUCUAGUCAAGCCUGAUAUUUCGCUGGACACCUUUAGCCCUCAAAAAUUGAAGAAACUUAUCAAGGCUCAUGAGAAGUAUUUAGUUGACGAUAUAAAACAUUGGGUUGAUGAGAAAGGGAAAAAAAUCAGCCCUGUUAUUUCAAAAAAACCUUUUAGGUCAUCAGAGGAUAAUAUAAUCAAUGAUACCUUUUUUGUUGGGAUUCAAAAGUGGUCCAAAGACAGAUUGAAAGAUUUUUUGAAUGCUAGAGAUAUCAAAUUUUCCCCACUUGCGACUAAGGAUCAAUUAGUUGCCUUAGUUAAGAAGAAUAGCAAGCUCCCUGUCAAAAAGGAGUCAAUUGAUGGUCUCUUUGAUGGCUUGUCAACCGAGUCAAUCAAAAACUGGUUAGUGGAACAAGGUCAAACUAUUGACGGUGGAAGGAAAGAACUUCUAGAGACUUUUUACGCCUAUAUUCAGAAAAAACCGGAAAGUCUUGUAGAUUACAAGAUUAAGCUAUACGAACCGAAGGAGGAAGAUUUUGAGAAGUGGCUUAAGGCCAGUCUUGAAAAAAAGGGUGCAAAAGUUAGCGAUGUCACAAGUGAUAAUUUUCUGAAAAUAUUUUCCGCAGCUAAGCAAUAUUAUUCAGCAGCAUCUGACAAGUUGUCAGAGGCUAAGCUUUAUACUGAUGAUGCCUUGAAUGAUAUUCAGGAAAGCUCUUACGAGUAUUCGCAAAACUUACUUGAAAAUUCCAAGAAGAAACUGGUAAAGGUCUCUGAUAUCACUGAAAACAUCAAAAGCGAAGCAGCCAAGCACGUCAAAAUCUUGCUGGAGAAAAUUAAUCGGGAACGAUUAGCACAUUCUUCGAAGGUGAAUGAAAUAUUUUCGUUUAUUCGAAGCUACUAUACUUCUGCAUUCAACACCCUCUAUGCUUUCUUUUUCAAGAAAAAUCAUAUAUCGGGCUUAUUUGAAGACACAUACUCUAAAGGAAAAGAUUAUGUAUCAGCGGCUGGUGAAUCGGCUGAAAGUAUCCAAAAUGGCUAUCAGUCUUAUGCAAGUGAUGUCUCAAGACAAGCAGCGAAAUCGAUUGAUAAGACGUACAGCAAAAUCGAGCCGAAGGCACAACUGGCAUAUUCUGCUGCACAAAAUGCUUACGAUGAUUACGGUGCUGCCGUUGACUCUAAGCUAAAAGACGCGUAUGGCUCUGCUUCGCACCUUGCACAAGACGUAGGAGAUAAGGCUGCUGAGACAUAUGAUCAAUCUAAAGAAGCUGCCACGCAGUACUGGAACAGUCUACUUGAUAUAUACUCAGGAUCAGAAUUGAGAGCUUACUUACAGUCUUUUGGUUUCAGCUAUCCAUUUUUGAAUACUCUUAAUCGUUAUCAAUUAUCAAAACUUGCGCAAAACCAAGUCACUCUUCUUUAUGGAAGUCCGAAAACAAAAUGGGAUAAAAGUAUUGCUGAUAUCUUGUCUGACACUUCUACUUCCUUCCAAGAAGCUGUUGGUCUUAAAAGGAGAAAAACAAGCUGGGAAAAGGUGAAGGAUUACUUUACAUUUUAA